UUCUCUGCCAGACAUGUGAAUCUGCAAAGCUAUCCCACAGCACUUUUGUUCUCUAGUUGAGUAUGAGCAGUUUAUAUAUGCACACAGACAUGAAGAAAGUGCAACUUGUCUUAAGUUAGUGAGCAUCCUUUUCUUCUCUUCCUAGAUCUUCUUUAUGAAACAUGAGCGCCGAUCACUUUGACUGCCAUUACUGCAAGGCUUCACUUUUGGGCAAGAAAUAUAUUUUGAGAGAAGAAAGCCCAUAUUGCGUUAAAUGUUACGAAAAUCUUUUUGCUAACUGCUGUGAAUUGUGCAGGAACCCAAUUGGUUGCAACUGCAGGGAUCUCUCAUAUAAAGAUCGUCACUGGCAUGAAGAGUGUUUCAAAUGUGCUACGUGCAAAUGCUCAUUAGUUGAGAAACCUUUUGCUGUUAAGGAUGACCUCCUUCUCUGCACAGACUGUUAUUCUAAUGAAUACUCCUCCAGAUGUUUCACAUGCAAGAAAUCCAUUAUGCCUGGUGCUCGCAAAAUGGAGUAUAAAGGUAAUAGCUGGCAUGAAACCUGCUUCCUGUGCCACCGCUGUCGCCAGCCAAUAGGAACCAAGUCUUUUAUUCCCAAAGAUAAUGGUUACUUUUGUGUGCCAUGUUUUGAGAAGCAAUUUGCUCAUCAUUGUGACUGCUGCAAAAAAGUUAUAACUACUGGAGGAAUUACUUAUCAUGAUAAGCCCUGGCACAGAGAAUGCUUUCUUUGUACUGGAUGUAAAAAACAGUUAGCAGGGCAACGCUUUACUUCCAGAGAUGACUUCCCAUAUUGCCUUGAUUGUUUCAGUAAUCUUUAUGCAAAAAAAUGUGCCGGUUGUGCCAAGGCCAUUACAAGCCUUGCAGGAGCAAAAUAUAUCUCAUUUGAAGAACGCCAGUGGCAUAGCGAGUGCUUCAACUGUAUUAAAUGCGCCGUCUCACUCGUAGGACGUGGAUUCCUCACUCUUCGUGAUGAUGUCGUAUGCACUGACUGCGGUCGUGAAAAGUAACUUCUGGUGAAAGGAAAUAGGCAGUCAUUUUGUAUCGGAAGUAUAGCAUGUUGUGUUCUUUGACACAGUGGUAUGCAGUAUAUAAAACAGGUGAAUGUUAAUACUAGGUUGAAAAGUUAAAGAUACUUAGAAUUUUAAAAAAAGGAUAAUAAGCCUCCAAAGUCAAAAUGUCUAACUUUUUUAGUGCAUAUUAAAAUGUUUUCAGAUUUAUUCACUUCUGCUUGUUAGCCUUAUACUUUUAAAUCAUAUGCUUAUUUUGCAAGUUGCCUUUAUUUUGCAAGUUUGCCUGAUAAUAAUAAUAAUUCUUCACAUUUUAUUUCGCAUUUUUCACUAUUCAAAGCGCUCUCCCAUGCAGGGAGGAUUCGGGACACAAACCCAUGUUCUCCUUACUGCAAGGCAGCAGCGCUACCACUGUGCCACUUGACUGGUACUGUGAUUGAUCUGAUACUUUAUUCUACAUAGUUACUGAAAAAUCUUUUCCUGUUUAAUGAUUCUUAGAAUCAUACACGUUAUGAAAUUUUAAUCAGAAGACAAAUAAAAAAAUGUUACCAUGACCCCGGAGAGUGGUAAUGUGUAUGUUGGUUAGACAUGGAAGUUGGAAUUUCACUGUACUCUGUACAAGUGACAGUACUACUAUUACUCAUAAUUUUGUAAAAAGCUGGCCAAGCCAUAGUGGCCUACUCCAUAUUAUCCAGCUUGUGGUACAAAAUCUGCCAGUUAACUGGAGUCUAUCCUGGGAUGGUUAGGUACAAGGAGGGAAGCAUGUUUGUAGGGGUGCUGGACCCAGUAGCGUAAGGAUCCAUGGUCACUCACACCCCAGGUAAGCUGAUUUGUGAUAUUUCUUAAAUAAAAAGAUAUUUUGUAUUUUAACACAUGUAUAUAAUGGUAUUUUUUAACGAGCAGCAAGAUGUUGCAUGUUGGUCAAACAUGCAAGUAAGAAUUUCACUGUGCUCUGUAAACUUGACACUACUACGCCUACCAUUACUAUUUUUAAUUUCACUUAAGUGUGUCUUUCAGCUUGAUCUGUAGAAGUGGUGUCUGGUGAGGGUUAAUUCAAGUUGCUGCAGUCCUCUCUGUUACUAACUGACUAACUCCUACCUGUCUUACAUUUUUAUUUGUUAAGAUAGAGGGUCUGAAUAUGGCUGCUGAAGGGAGCACCCAAUAGGUGGCUCAACUUCUACCCAGUUUGAUACUUUAAAUUUUCAAAUGAUAUUUGAAACCAAAAAUAAAAAUCCAGGCGGAAAAUAAAUUUUCUUUUAGCAUUCCAGCCUGUACUCGCAGCAGUAAGAAAAACCCCAGAGUACCAGCCACUUCAUCUAAUUCACCAUUCACUUUUUUUUCUCAGUUUUGCCAAAUAUAGAAUAAACCCUAGCCAUUUGGGCAGAGGAAUACAUGAGGUUAAGCACAGUUUUUAUCUCUAGGAAAUAUCAUUGCCGCCCAUCCAUUUUCAGAAUGCAUUUUUUUCUAGUACAAGGUUGAGAAGACCUGGCAGCACCUAUAGUAAGAUAGAAAGCCAAUAACUUCACAUAUAAAUAAUAUUUUAGAAGAAUUAUGUGUGGCUAGAAUGAAUACUGCAUGUUUUGGAUGCAUACUUACAACAGCAGAAAUUUAAAGGUCAGUUCUGUCCGGGCUGUGCUUCAUUACUGCUACAUUAGGAAUGUUUUAAUAUUUAUCGUAUGUGUCUUUUCUAUAUCCUGUAAAUUCUUUAUUUUCUCCAGAAAUGUAAGUGUAAUGGAGCUGAAAUAAAAGCAAACAAAUUUUCUUGUGUUUUGAACAAUGCAGUGUCAGAUCUGAAUUAAGAAUGUGAUUGAAAACUGCAUUUGAAGUAUAGUUUCUGUGCAUUUGUAGAUGUAUAGUAUGCUGCUUUACAUUACUUGUGCAAGAAGCUUCUUUUAUAAGAUGGACAUCUAAUUAUAAAAGUAAAAUUGUUCCUAAUUGUUCAGAAAGUUUUAAAAACUGUAACCAUAUUACUUUUGUUUUCAUAAGCAUUUUAAAGCAAUAAACUGUGGCUUGAAAGUACA